AUGCACAUCCCGGAAAGCCUCCAGGACCUGGCCGACAGCGAAGCCGUGCAGUUUCUCAAGAGGCCAAAGACGAUCGCGCGGAUCUUCGCAGGGGUCUUCUCCCUCAUCGUCUUCUCCUCCCUGCUGACUGACGGCUACCAGAACAAGACCAACUCUUCGCAGCUCCACUGCGUCCUCAACAGCAACAACACGGGCUGCAGCUUCGCUGUGGGAGCCGGCCUCCUGGCCUUCCUCAGCUGCCUGGCCUUCCUCGCCCUGGACGCCCAUGAGGGCCGCAUCGCCAGCAGCCGCUUCAAGACGGCCUUCCAGCUCCUGGACUUCAUCCUGGCUGCCCUCUGGGCAGGCAUUUGGUCCGUGGGAUUCUGCUUCCUGGCCAACCAGUGGCAGCGUUCGCCGCCCGGACAAUUCCUCCUGGGGAGCGGCAGCGUCAAGGCCGCCAUCACCUUCGCUUUCUUCUCCAUCCUCGUCUGGACACUCCAGGCCUACCUGGCCCUCCAGGACCUCCGAAAUGAUGCUCCAGUGCCCUACAAGCGCUCCCUGGACGAGGGCGGCGUGGUGCUGACCUCUCUCUCCCCGCCGUCCGCCGCCAGCCCUGUCAACACGCCCAACACCGGUCCCCAUAGCCUGAGCUACACCAGCUCUGCCCUGUCCCCCCAUCUGACCACUCCGAAGGCCCCCCGCCUCACUAUGAUGCCCACCAACUAG